AUGGCGGCCUCCUCCCUCGGCGCCGCCUUCGAGGCCAUCGACACCGACGGGGACGGGAAGGUCUCGCGCGAGGAGUUCCGCGCGGCCGUGCAGCGGGGCGCCGUGGCCACGGGCCUGCUCUACGCGGCGCCCGGCGCGGCCCCGCAGAUGGUCAUGGAGCCGGUGGCCGCGCUCCAGCAGGCCGCGGCCGAACCCGUGCAGGCCCACCACGCGCCAGCCGAGGUGAUCCGCACAAUCACCACCGUGGCGCCGCCAGUGUACGUGGCGCCGCGCGCCGCGCAGGCGGCCGAGCCGGCCCCAGCUCCCGUGGAGCCGGUCGGGGCUCCCGUGGCCGCCGCGCCCAGGCGCCCGCGGAGCCGGCGGGGGCGCCCGUGGAGCCCGUGCAGGCGGCGCCCGCGGCCGUGGUCACCAUGGGCCCGACCACGGUGGCGGCGCCCGUGUACGUGA